UAUCUGGAGCAAUAAAUACAAAAUAGUGUAGAACCGGUAGUGUGAAAGGAAACGAGCAGAGCUUAUAAGGAACUCCUUUACCAUGUUGUAAAAAAACUAAAAUAGGGAAGGUUUAUAGAAUAACAGAAAGUCAAAAUUAGCCAGCAAGCUAACCUAUGGAAUAUAUAGAGUUUCUAUUAGUGCAUUGGCUACUGGAAGAGUAAGAAGUGUGUCUGGUAUCCAGAGAUGAAGUCAGUGCAGGAGCAAGCUGGAAAGUGCUCAGAAGAAAGUGCAGCUUCACUGGAUUGCUUUUGUUUAUAAGUUUUAAGCUAAGCAUUUUGAAUACAAUAUAACAUUUAAAAACUAGGAACAAAGAGCUUAAGGCAAACUUGUAUGGAAAUUAUUUUAGAAAGUGAGGGUGUUGCCUUUCCUUGAAUUCUUCCUGCACUCCCAUCAGUGGAACAACAGCAAAAGACAACUAAGGUGUAAUCAGUUUAGCUGAUUGCAGAAUACGAAGGCUGCAGGAAGUAUCUUCAUCUACUGUAUUUUAUCCUGUUAUCAAGACGGAACAAAUUGGAUUCUAUUUCUGUCACAGGAAGGCGUCUGGUGUUGGCUGCAGAAUGACACAAGGCAUCAGGUACUUGGUCUCUGUGUUAUUUGAUGAUGAUUUCAGAAAUGUCUGAAAUUAUAGAAAUUGAAGAUAAUCUCAGCUCAAGAACUGAGUCACCACUUUGAAUGUAAAAUAGAUUUUUUUGGGGGGGAUUUUUUUGUUUGAUUUUUAUUAUCUUUCUUUAGUUUGACUAUAAGUAAAUUCAUUGAUUUUUCUUUUCUGGCUCAAACAUUUUGAAGAAGAACCUGAUACAACAUGUGUUCCAACAUUGUAUAUGAGUGGUUAAAAGCCUUACAGCUUUCUCAGUAUGCAGAGUCUUUUGUGGAUAAUGGGUAUGAUGAUUUGGAGGUUUGCAAACAAAUUGGGGACCCUGAUUUGGAUGCAAUUGGGGUAAUGGUUCCUCAGCACCGUAAGAAGAUACAUGAUGCUGUCCACAGACUGAAGGAAGAAGAAAAGGAGUCUGCAAGUGGAUUGUAUUUUACAUUGGAACCUGAGGUAGACUCACCUACACCUGAUAUAUACACCAGCCACUUGGUGGAGCAAUAUGAGACCAAAGCUUGGAAAGAAGCACAAAGUCACAAACCAGUUCCAUGGAGUAAUAAAACUGGUCAGCUAAGCAGGAGCUUGGUCACCUACCCUAAGCUGAAGCUAAAAAUCAUGAUAAGGGAUAAACUCAUACGUGACGGUGUCAACCUCAGCAAGCCACCUUUCUCCAAAAAGCAAUGGCUGUUUCCCACCAAACCCGGACUGACUGAGCUUCAAACCCGGACACACAGAUGUAAACCAUAAGUGUCUGGGUUAUUUAUUCACAGCAGUUUUAAAGGAUACAUGUUCCCUGCCAAGGAGUCCAACACUCAGAGUUUCUGAUUUGGGGAAAGAUGCUGGUGUGAUGAGACAGACGUCCGAGAUCCAGGAUCCAUAUGCUAUGAUGCUUGUGAUUUAAUAUGCAGGACAAGAGGAUAUGGCAUGAGUUUCAAAUUGGUAUUUUACACCAUAAUAAAAUAUUUAACUGUAGUUAGGACUAUGGGAAUAAGCAGCAACCCAAUCAGCCGGAGCCAUGAAAUUAAAAAUAAAUAAACAUUUGUAACUCGAACUGUUAAUACUGUUUACAUGUGUAUUCCUGAAAUAUAAGCAAUGUUAUAGUUUCUUGAUUGCAUAACCUCAACUAAUGUGUCCUUACUUUUUUAUGUCCAGCUACAACCCAAACCAGAUUAAAGGGCCAUGAUACCCAAAUGUUGAAACACUUGAAAGUGAUGCAGCAUAGCUGUAAAAAGCUGACUAGAAAAUAUCACCUGAGCAUCUCUAUGUAAAAAAGAAAGAUAUUUUACCUCAAAAGUUCCUCAGUAGCCACAUCCCAUUGUAAAGGACUUCUAAGCAGCAAAUCAGUAUGUCUGUCCCGGGACAGCUAAGGGAGUGAGCUUAAAAUAAUGAGACUAAAGCGAUAGACUUACUAGGAAUAAACCAUAUGUUUGGUCAAAGAAAUCUCCCCAAUUCCCAUUUUCUUCAAUGCUGCAUAUUUAUUAUUUGAGUAAAAUCUGACUGGGACAAUAGAGACUCCAUAGAAUAACACAAGCAUUGCAGAACCAAUUACAUAGUUCUCAAAUCAAGACAGUUUUGUUCCUGGCUUUAUUUUUCAAUCAUUUAUCAUUUCACCAUUUCUUAAUAUUCUGUGUGAAAGUACAUUUAAGCCGCAACUAUUUAAAGUAGCAUUAUCGCAAUGAAUCCAAUGGGAAGCUCAAUAAUGAGUCUAAAACAGAAAUGUUAAUCCUAUUUUUAAUUAAAGCUUUUUUGUGAUAUGGAAUACAGUUGUGUGUGUUUUUUUUUUUAAACUAACAUUAAAUUAACAUGAAACUCAACAUUUUUCUUUCAUAAUUAAAAUAGCAUAUACGUUUAAACAGUUUCCCUGUUUACUCCUUUUAUAAAAUUUGCUUAUUAUUUUAGUAUGUUUUGUUGAAGCAGCAGCAAUACACUACUGGAAAUUAGCUGAACACAUCACGUACCUAUGUAUGAUUUUCAACAAAAGAUACCAAGAAAACAAAGCAAUUUAGAUAAUAGAAGUUAAUUUGGAAUUGUUUAAAAUUGCAUGCUCUAUCUGAAUCAUGAAUAUUUAAUUUUACAUUACCGUCCCUUUAAUGUCGUAUAUUGAUUUACAAUUAUAUUUUUACAUUUGUUCAUUGAUUAAUAAUAAUUUAUAAAGCUUUGGCCCCUGGAGUUAUGUCAUUAAUGGUAAUCUGUAAUAAUUACAAUAUUUUUACAUAAAUAACUUUUGAUUUCUUUUUAAUGUGUUUUGUUAUCAAGCUGAUUGAAUCUAACUAGUUAAUUUUGUUUUGGUACCAUUAACAGACAAAUGAUAAAUUAAUGUAUUGACGUGUAUUUGUGAAUUACUUUUCAUUAUGUAAAUCGACAUUCAAUAAAGUAAAAAAAAAAAAAGA